AUAGUUAUGAUUACAUGAAAUUGAUUAAUUAAAUGUAAUCAGAUUUCCUCAUUUCCCUCUAAAUCCUAACUAUAAUCUUAGAACUCACUUCCUCUCUUCUAUUUAUACAAUUUCAUAACUCACCAAAUACCAAACACGAUUUUACAAUUCUCUCAAAAUAUGAAUUGCAAAAUGCUCAAAUUACCUUUACUUCUCACUUUCAUUUUCCUCUUAGCCGCCGUCGUCUCUUCAACCCAUGUUGACAGAGAGGUAAAAAAAACACACCCCACCCGGCACCCAUGCCGCCUCUCACGGUGGCUUCCGCCAUCCUCCGACCACCGUCAUUUUUUUUAUUAAUGUAUUAUUUUUUUCUUUUUUACACAGGCUUAUGUUGUGUACAUGGGAGCAUUGCCAAAAUUGGAGAGCCAUGAAAUUCUAGCAGAUCAUCAUCAUAGCCUCCUCGCUAAUGCUGUUGGAGAGUAAUUAAUUAUUACCCCAUAUAUUUGUUUAUUUUGUGCGAAAUUCAGUAAAUUUUUUAUUUUAUUUUGACUAUUUGUUUCUUUUAAUUAAAUGGAUUUUUAGUGAGGAAUUGGCUAGAAAAGACAAGAUUUAUAGCUAUGGAAGGAGCUUCAAUGGAUUUGCUGCAAGGCUCUUGCCCCAUGAAGCCAACAAACUUGCAAGUUCGUCUAUAUUUAUUUAUUUUUCCUUUUUUCUUUUUUCGUUUUUAGUUUAUAAAUUUAUUUUUUUCUCCCUAUCUUAAAAGAAACACUUACCAUUCAUUUUUAGAAAGUGGAUAACAAGUUUAUAUGUUUUAUUUUCAAAAAUCAAAAACCAAAAACUAAAUCAUGUUUAUGUAUAAAAGUGUUUCUUAUGGCUAAAAAAUCCGAAUGAAAAAGAAAAGAAAUGGAAAUUGAUAUAUAUAAUAAUGAAAAUGGAAAUGCAGAGGAAAAAAAUGUGGUGUCAGUAUUUCGGAGCAAGAGGAGGAAACUACGUACAACAAGAUCAUGGGAUUUUCUGGGGCUGUCGGAGGCGGCGAGCCGGCAGAACGCCGCCGCAGAAUCCAACAUAAUCGUGGGUCUGUUGGAUUCGGGGAUAUGGAUGGAAGGUCCAAGUUUUAAAGAUGAUGGCUACGGUGAAAUUCCUUCUAAAUGGAAGGGCAAAUGUGUCACUGGACAUAACUUCACUGAUUGUAACAGGAAAGUUAUCGGCGCGAGGUUCUUCAACCUUGAAAAAAUAGACGAUUCCAUCAACCAAAGCCCCGCCGACGAGAUCGGUCACGGUUCCCACACCGCCUCCACGGUCGCCGGAGCCGCCGUCGAUGGCGCCAGUCUCUAUGGCGUCGCCGGAGGCACCGCACGUGGCGGCGUCCCGGCGGCGAGAAUCGCGAUGUAUAAAGUGUGCUGGAUCGUAGGGUGCAGCGACAUGGAUCUACUGGCCGGAUUCGACCACGCUAUCGCUGACGGAGUAGACAUCAUAUCGGUGUCAAUCGGCGGCGAGUCGACGGAAUUCUUUGAGGACCCGAUCGCGAUCGGGUCGUUUCACGCAAUGGAGAAAGGGAUAUUGACGAGUUGCUCCGCCGGAAAUAGUGGGCCGGAUUUAAAGACGGUGGAGAACACGGCGCCAUGGAUAAUGACGGUGGCGGCUUCUACGAUUGAUAGGGAUUUCACUACCAUCGUGAAAUUGGGUAACAAUAAGAAAUUCUCUGGAGUAUCAGUGAACACAUUUUCACCAAAAAAGCAAAUGUACCCUCUAAUCUCCGGAUCAAAUGCAGCAUUACCUAAUCACUCCUCUCUCGACCCAAGGUGGUGUGAUUAUGGGAGUCUUGACGAGAAAAAAGUGAAAGGAAAAAUAGUGUAUUGUUUGGGAUCAGUAUAUCAAGAAUACACAAUUUCUGAUCUUGGGGGCAUAGGUGUAAUUUCAAAUCUUAUGGGCACUACUGAAAUUGCUAUUACCACUCCUAUUCCUUCCACUCAUCUUUCCUCUCUAGAUUCUGACUCUGUUAAUGGCUAUAUUAACUCCACCAAAAACCCUGAAGCUGUCAUUUACAAAACUACCACAAGGAAGGUUGAUGCUCCCUUUUUGGCUUACUUUUCUUCUAGAGGUCCUCAAACCAUAGCUUCUCAUAUUCUUAAGCCGGACAUUGCAGCACCUGGGAUGAACAUUUUAGCAGCAUUCUCAAAAUUGGCUUCAAUUCCAAGCGACAGACAUUCCCUUUUCAACCUUCUUUCUGGUACCUCUAUGUCUUGUCCCCACGCCACCGCCGCUGCCGCCUAUCUCAAAACCUUCCACCCCACUUGGUCCCCCGCCGCCAUCAAGUCCGCCCUUAUGACCACCGCGACCCCAUUGAAGAUCGGAGAUAAAUUAGACGCGAUCGGCGGCGGCGCCGGCCAAAUUAAUCCGACCAAAGCGGUGCAUCCAGGCCUCAUUUACGAUCUCUCUCGCACCUCUUACCUCUCUUUCCUCUGCUCCAAUAAACGCUACUCCGGCUCCGCCCUCGCCAUUCUCACCGGAGACGCCUCUUUUAACUGCUCCGCCAUCCCGCUAGCGACCGGCUCCGAUGCUCUCAACUACCCUUCCAUGUACGUCCCCGUCGACUACGACGCCACCUCUCUUUCUGCCGUCUUCCACCGGACCGUCACACACGUCGGCUUCGGCCCAUCGACGUACAGGGCGAAGGUGAAAUCGCCGGCGGGUUUGUCGGUGAGGGUCUCGCCAGAGACUCUGAAAUUCGAUCGGGCGUACGAAAAACGGUCGUUUAAGGUGGUGGUGGAAGGGGCGGCGCCGGCGGUGGGGGAUGCUCCGAUGGCAGCUUCACUUGAAUGGGAUGAUUCUAAGCAUAAUGUUAGGAGCCCAAUUUUGGUGUUUAAGGUUUAAUUUAAUUUAAUUUGUUCAUAUCUGUGUUUAUUUAUUUUGGGUUAUUGUUGAUCUUAGACAGAGUAAUACUAAAUAGUUGUCUUGUU